AUCAUGUCAUGUAUUUAUCACAUCACUGCUGGUGUACAACGGCACACAUCCAGAGAUCUCUCCAUGCGGCAAUGAAGUGCAGCCUCUCCAUGGGGCGAGGGAGCAACUAGGCAGAACACCGGCAGAUAUCUAUAGUGGGUAGGGAAGGCAGAGCCGGGGAAGUGCGACUUUCGGCCGGAGGCACCGAGGCAAUCUUUCUCCUGCUCCAUGAAAAGUGCCAGCAAGAACCUUUCCGCGGCCAUGCUGCAACAGAGGUGUUCGCCAGACUUGUUUAACUGGCUCGCAACCUCUGAACCCGUCGUGAAAGGGCAGAGCUGAAGCCGGGCUGUGCUCCGUCACAUGGCUGGGGUGUUCGGGACAAAACAGGAAGCAAACGCAGGUUCCUGGGUUCAGCCCGCUCGGCCGGAGUGAGUCAGGGGAGCAGCGCCGGUGCGAGGAGGGCUGUCUGCUCACUGAAGACUUCGUCUCUUAACUAAUCCAUCUUUUCAGUGAUGAGACAACGCUGGGAGGUAUGGAUAAAAAUAUUGGAGAGCAGCUUAAUAAAGCUUAUGAAGCCUUUCGACAGGCAUGCAUGGAUAGAGACUAUGCCGUGAAAGAAAUGCAGCAAAAAACGGAAAGCUAUGUACAGCAAAUACGGGAACAGCAGGAACAGAUAGAGCUUCAAAAAGGUAUAAUUGGAAAACUCAAGUCACAGUUAGCUACUGAUAGAGGCAAUGCACAUGGUUAUGUUCUACCUGAAGACCCUGAAACAAAGAGAAAUGACAUCUCCCUUAACUUAACUUUUGAUCAGCUUUAUGAAAAACUGAACCUGGCAAUGCAAAAUGAGAAAUUUUUAAAGGAACAAUUGGAGAAUGAGAGCAUCAGAAUGAAGCAAAUUGAGGAAGAGAGCAAUCAAAAAGAAAAGAAACUUGUGUCAAUUAUUGCUGUAAAAGAAGAAAAAAUAAGGAUUUUAAAUAACAGGUUAAUAGAAUUAAAUAAAGUACAAAAUUGCAUGCAGAUGCCAGUAUAUAAAAUGGAGGUGAAAGGGAAAAAGGUUGCUUCAGAUAGACUUGAGUUAUCUCCAGGGAUCCCUGGUAUUUCAGCUGUGCCUGAAAGGGAAGCUCUAGAGACAGUUUUCCAGGAGGUAAAGGAAGAAUGUCAUCGAAUAUGCACAUUAGCCAGAAAACAAACAGAUCAACUGAGUAAAUUUAACAUGAAGAGAGAACCUGUAACUGAUAUCCAGUUUUCUUUGCCCAUCCAGUGUACGGAUAGAAACGAUCAACAAGCAAAAGAGCUUUUUAAACCUUGGGUUAAAAAGGAUAUAAAUAGAGGUGCAUCAUGCAUCACAUCUAUCACACCAAGAGGAGUGGGCCAAGAUGAGGAAGACAACUCUGUAGAAUCACUUUCUAUAUUUAAUGUCAAGUUUCCACCUACAGACAAUGACUCUGCUUUCUUGCAGAGCACUCAGGAUAAACCAACAAUGCCUUGUACUGUAAUACCCGAAAACGUGCUUCAAGAUUGUCAUUUUAACAUGGAGCAUAGGGACCAUGCUAUGAACAGCAGUAAAUUGAAUUCUAACUCAUCUGAAGCACAUGGAUUUGAUCCCAUAACCUCAGCUUUGCAAAACCUAACAACUACUGAAAAAAACAGCUCCCCAAACCCUACAAACAUGCUUAUAGAAAAUUCUCAGGACAAAACUUUGUGUUUGACAACUGGAGAUAUUGAUCCCAAAUUUGUUCAUGAGCACACACAUCAAGAUGUCUGUGAAGUAAAAUUUCCCUCUUCAGAGGCCGCUGGGACUACUGUCAGAGGACCUCAUCAGCCCAUCUGGAAGCCUCAAGACAAUGACUUACUGAUGCAAGCUUAUACAGAGUCUGAACUGAAUCAGUCUGGAAUAUGUGCAUUCUGUCAGGAAGUUUUCCCACCAUCACUUACAUCCAAAGGGGAUUUUCUCAGGCAUCUUAAUUCACACUUUAAUGCACAGUCUUAAUGUAUCAUAAUGCUUGCUUAUUGUGUGUAAAGCAAGCUGAAUUCUGUGUUGUUGUGCUAUUGGAUUGCUGUUCUGUAUAUAUUUAAAUUUUACUUCAAUACACAUUAGGAAUUUAAAAAUUAAGGCUAUGUCCACAAAAAACAAAUUACUGGAACUUUUUUCAGUUGAAUGCAUUUUAUUUUUUUAAAUUACCUUUGACAUUGCAGUCUUACAAUUUUAAGUCAUUCAGUGAAAUAUAGAAAUUGUCAUAUUGUUUAUCAUGUUUUAGCAUUAGCUUUGGGCCUGCUCCUACAAAGCUUUUUUUAGGUUUUCAAUUAGCACCUGAGUAAUCCCACAGUAAGCAGUGACUACUUGCAGGAGUAAAGGUUUGUAGGAUUAGGCCUUUAAUUUCUGGAGGUUAUUAUUAAAAAUUUUCUGUAUUAGCUAGGUGCCUGAUCCUCUGAAGUAACUAGGAAGAAGAAACAGGCCCUAUUUUUUUAAUUCUGGAGUGGUAUUUUCUAAUUUGACUUAAGACAGGAUCAAUAUUGUAUUCAAAUUGAGAGCAACUAUAAAAUUUCACAGGUGUUGAAGGUCUUAUAAAAUCACCAAUAUCUAAAUUCCAGAUGUGACAAACUUUGGGAAAGCUAAAACUUUCUUUUGUCAGCAAUGUGAGAGAGAAGGCCAUUCCACCAGUGCAAAUCUUUACUAAAGAUUUAUUUUUAAAUACCAUAGGUUGAUUAACCCUUAGCUAAAAUGUAGAGGUAGCAAUACAACAUUUGACAGCUGCAUUAUUAAACCAUUUAUUAAU